AGCUCACCGGUCAACAACAGGUGCUGCAAUGCCUUGUCUCUGUACUACCAAUACUCUGAAGUUGUUUAUACGAACCCUGACACAGGUCGAGGUUUUCCCUUCGGCAAUACGCGCCUCUGGGUUUUCGCAGAGCGCUGCGGGCAGGAGAAUCGCGCCAGCCCGAUCAAUCCGCGGGCUUCACUCAACUCCCGCCAGGCUUGAUUCUACACCCCCUGAACCAGCGGCUGCAGCGACAGAAGAACCACAAAGUCAAUCGAAACAAUGGACUGAAGGUCUUCGAGUGGAGAAGGGCGUUAAUCUGAAGGAUCCGGAGAGCGCUUUGGUCGAACUAUCCCCGGAGGCAAUAGACGCGAUUGCGGCAGAAGUUGUCAAAGACACUACACCCUAUGAGACAUCCUCGACAGAACCCCCCUCUGAACCCACCACCGCGGGUGAGCCCGUGUCGAGGACAACCAUAAGAAGAACCAAAGUCCAAAAUACAGGCCUUGCAAUACAUUAUAGCUCUCCAAGAGCAUCAACGAAUGCAUCGUCAGAAGAUCGCCCUGACUCCGGAUCCUCAGACGAUAAAGCUUCAGCGAAGUCCUCUAGCAAGGAUGAUUGGAAGCCCCCACCUCGCGAACCAUGGCAGAUAUACAAACAGGCUCUGAAGGAGAAGUUUCCGAAUGGAUGGAACCCGCGAAGACGUUUGUCUCCAGACGCCCUAGCAGGAAUCCGGGCCUUACACGCGCAGAUGCCAGAAGUGUACACGACGAGCGCUCUCGCCGCCAACUUCAAAGUCUCGCCAGAAGAUAUCCGAAGGAUCCUGAAAUCCAAGUGGACUCCUGAUCCGGAGGAGGAGUCGGAUCGCCAGAGACGGUGGUUCAACCGAGGCAAGCAAAUCUAUGCCAAACAUGCUGCUAUGGGCCAGAAACCACCAAGGAGAUGGAGGGAGCUUGGUAUUGGGAAUGGGAAGCCGGAGUGGAUGAAGAAGAAGCAACAGGCUGCGGCUCGGUUGCCCGCACUCAUCACCACUGCCAAACGAGCGCCUCAACCUUCCGAAGGCAGUGUUGACCCAGAUAGCUUUGCAGAUAAGAUACUGUGAAGGAGCUUUAUGCUAUUGCCUGAUGGAUGUCAUAUCCAGCUUUAUGGAUAUGGAUAGGGGAGGGGGGAAGGCGUGCAAAAUCGAGAAAGAAAAGUAUAAGUGUAUAAUAUAAUCAUUGACCUUGUUAAGGAAAGGUGCGGUACCUGAGACAGCGGGGUAGUCUGUAAGAUAGGUAGAUAAAUAUAUGGCUACAAC